CCAAAACCCUUGAGCGGUCGAGCACUCUCAAGUCCCAACACAACCUUCGCCUCCACUGUCUCGUUUUCUCAGUUCCCCGCCUCUCUCUCUCUCUCUCCCCUGUAGCCUAAACCUCUCUCUACUGCAACCUUAACCCUUACCCUAGAUACCAGUCGUGGACAGACGACUAGAAGAGAGAUUGUAUUCAGUCUGUUGAGUUAUAUAGGCCAUGGCUGAAGAAAGCCAUCUGCAAGAAAAAACAGAAGGCUUGAGAAAGAGGAAGAUUGGGAAAAGUAAGGGUCGUAAUGCGAAGAAAAGAAUGAAAUCAUUUCCAGGUAAAGGAGAAAGGGUUAAAAUAGACAAGAAGAUGCAAAAAAUGUUUCGCAGAAGGGCGAAAGAGUAUAAUUCCGACGAUGAGGACGACGAACAGCCAACCCCGGAAGUGGGAGAAGAAAGUAAUGGAGCUUUUGGUCAAAAAGAGGUUUUGGAGGGGAAUUCCAGUGGAGAAGAAGAAGAGAAUGUUCCAGGUGGUACUGGAAACGAGGGUUCUGAUGAAGAUGAGGGAGAUAGAAGUCAGCCAGGAAUUACGAAGUUUGUGGAAGGUUGUAGAGCAUUUAGAAUAGCCUUUAUGAAGAUCACUAAGAAGAAUAUGCCAGAUAAUCCCCUGGGUCCUGUCCUGUCAGCGCAGAAGAAGCUUGUUGCGAAGAAGCUUGCUGAAGAAGAAGCUGAAUGGAAGUCUAAAGGGGAAGCCAGGAAGGAGAAACAGUUGGUGGGUGAGAAGGGGCAUGUGAAACCUGCAAAUUUCUUGGAUUCACAUGAAAAGUUUCUUCUUGGGGUUGCGACGAAAGGAGUUGUUAAGUUAUUCAAUGCUGUCAACAAGGCACAAAAUGCUCAGAAAGGAUUAAAUCCUUCAAGAUUUAAAGAUGCUAAAGCACUGGGGAAGCGAAGGAAAGAUGCCUUCUUCUCGGAGCUUCGGAAGACACCAUCACACACUACUAGCGCGAAGGAUACCAAACAUAAAGGGCCAGAGGCUGAUGAAGCACCUGCAUGGGCUCCAUUGCGUGACGAGUAUAUGCUAACGAGUUCAAAAUUAAAAGACUGGGAUAAAAUGCCGGAGACAGCCAUGACAGAUGACAUGCAUGGGUUUCCGCUGGAUAAUUCCUCUGAUGAAGAUUGAUCUUUUGAGGCCUCAGAAAAGAAUGAUUGGCUGAAUCAGCCACACUUUCAGUGGUUUCUGCAUGAGACUGGUGAAGUUGAAGUUGUGAUGCCUGUUAUUUGAAUUGUCAUGUUUCAUUUUCCUAUUGUUUUCUAAUACUCUGAAAUCAGUGCAAAUUCGAAAGUUAUCUUUUC